UUUCUUUUGACAACGGCGUGGAAGGAAACCUUCAUCGCGAACCCACGGGAGAAGAAAUGUCGGGUGAAUUUAACACUGGCUUUGAAGAAUCCUUAGGAAAAGAAGUGCCUAACGAUGAACGACCUUCGUCUGAAUUGGAGACCGAUGACGAGGAAUUCGAGGGUUACGUCACACCCUCCAUACCUGACUCCCCGUCGUCCUUCGUUGAGGGAAAUGCUGAUGCCGUUCUGAAAAAGCCUCCUCUUCAGAUAGCCAAAGUUCCCCAUACAUUCCGUUCAUGGGACCACUACACCAUCGAGAUGCUUUUCUUGGCGAUCAUUUUAGUCUAUCUCGUCAACUUCAUAAUCGGACGCGGAAUCAACUCUCGUCUUGCUAGCGCAUGGUUUGACGCUCACAAAGAACUACUUGAGUCAAAUUUUUCUCUAGUUGGUGAUGAUGGCCAGGCGGAGCCAGGGCCACCACAGUUGAAGAAAGAAUCUGAAAGUCUCUAUUCCCUUUGGUGCUCUGGUCGAGUUUGUUGUGAGGGGAUGCUGGUGGAGCUGCGCCUUCUCAAACGCCAAGAUCUCUUUUUCGUCAUCCUCAACUGGUUAAAACCAGCUAGUGAUUCUGUUGUGGUCAAGGUAAUACUGGAUGACUGUGAGAUGGACGGAUGGGUGCUUGCACUGGGCCAAAAGAGGACACUGAGUGUGCUCGUGAAGGAGCACUUUGAUUUGGCCACGUACCCGCAGGACCGCAAAGGCCAACACUACGUUGGCCUCCCUGAACCCUUUCUUGUGCUCAGCGAAAUCCCCGAUGCGACGGCAGCCAUACUUAACCCCACGGUAUGCAAGCUGGUUACAGAUCAUCAAAGUUCAAUAGAAUACCUCUAUUUCUCAGACCAGUACUCCGGUCCAAAGGGUUCUAGCGAAGAACUGAAACCGCCGAAGCCUGAAGAGGUGCAGAAAGUCCUCAUUUUUUCGUUCAAAAUUGGCUGCACGAAUGCCUCACCGCAGAAGGAUAUGGAAUCAAUCAAGCCACUCUUUAACUUUGUUUUCUACAUGAUCGAAAAAGCCCGAAAGCUUCGUUUGAGUAAGGAGGCCAAAUUGAAGUCGGAGAAGGCGCGAGCGCGCGUGAACGAGACCCUCCUCAAGUCCUUGCAAGCGGCUCGUCAAGAAGCAGCUCAAAACAGACGCGACGAGCAGCGCAGAGCCACGAAGGAGCGCAUCAUGGCCGAAGAGGAUCCAGAGAAGGCUCGCCGUCUUGAGGAGAAGGAACAAAAAAGGGAAAAUAAGCGACGCCAGCAACGAAUCAAAAUGAAAUGGCCGGGCUUCGUUGCCAUAGUUCCUUAA